GCUGCGUUAACGCUCUCCUCAUCUCCGGUUAAUGUCUGGAUUUUUAUCAUCGCUGAUUUAAGGAGAGCCCGUGUCUGCUGGUGUUGUUUGUCCCUCUGCAGCUGCCGUAGCGGUGGUUGUUUGAGCUCUGCAGCAGGACUCGGCGCUGUGCGGGCUUGGAGCUGAAGUUGGAAGUUACCUGCGUCCUUAUCUCGCUCCGUGGAGCUCCGUGGAUAAAAGUUGAGCUGUGAUUAAAAGUGCACCAUGAGCAGGAGAGCUGAGGACGUGAGUGGACAAUGAUCACAACCAGCAGCGAGCUUUUCAUUAUGCUGAGGAGAUGCCUUCUCACUUUCAAACCGUUCAGGAUCUUUGUGUUGGGGAUCGGCUUCUUCAGCCUGUGCUUCCUAAUGACCUCUCUGGGGGGCCAGUUUUCAGCCAAGAGACCCGGAGAUUCACCGUUUACAGUGCGAACAGAAGUCCUCAGCGGUCCCGAGUCUCGAGGCGUCCUGAGGAAAAUCAGCGACAUGUUAGAGGUCAUCAUGAAGAGGAUGGACGCUCUGUCCAAGCUGGGGAACACCACAGACUCACACCGGCUGGAUGAGCUCAGCUCAGCUCUCGACAGGAUCCAGCCCGUUGGACUGGUGGAGCGGAUUCAGGCCAUCGCCCAGAACAUGUCUGAUAUGGCGGUGAGGGUGGAGCAGAUCCUGCAGCGCAGCCUGGCCAAAAACAGAGUCAGGGACAGCAGCUUAGGACAAUGCGAUACUCCUAAAGACCCCCGAUAUCCAGACUGCGCCAGCAAGAUGGAUUGGAUGCGGGCUCGCUGGACCUCAGACCCCUGCUACGCCUUCUAUGGAGUGGACGGAUCUGACUGCUCCUUCCUGGUCUACCUGAGCGAGGUGGAGUGGUUCUGUCCCCCGCUACCCUGGAGGAACCAGACCGCCACGCCCACCCUGAAGCCUCCGCCAAAGAGACAGGCCAUUUUCCAGUCAGACAUCGGGACUCUGUUGGAACAGAUUGGGGGUGGAAAAGAAUCACUGAUCUUCAUGAAGAGACGCAUACGCAGGCUGGCUGCACAGUGGGCCACUGCCGCUCGCCGACUGCAUGACAAGCUCCGAAACCGCUGGAGAGAGCAGAAAAGGAUCCUGGUCCAUGUGGGCUUCCUAACAGAAGAAUCAGGGGAUGUCUUCAGUCCAAAGGUGCUGAAGGGGGGUCCUCUGGGUGAGAUGGUGCAGUGGGCUGACAUCCUCACGGCUCUCCAUGUGCUGGGACACGACCUGAAGGUUUCAGUCUCUGUCAAGGAGCUGCACGGGUUUCUAGGCGUCCCUCCAGGAAGAGGAAGCUGCCCUCUGACGGGACCGCUGCCCUUUGACCUCAUCUACACCGACUACCACGGCUUACAGCAGAUGAAGCAGCACAUGGGGCUGUCUCUGAGGAAACACAAGUGCCACAUCCGAGUGAUCGACACCUUUGGCACGGAGCCCGCCUACAACCACGAGGAGUACGCCACUCUGCACGGCUACAGGACCAACUGGGGCUACUGGAACCUGCACAGCCAGCAGUACAUGACCAUGUUCCCCCACACUCCAGAUAACACUUUCAUGGGUUUCGUGUCGGAGGAGCUGAACGAGACGGACAAACUGAAUGUUCAGAGGAACAAGGUGAACAAUAUGGCCGUCGUUUACGGCAAAGAAGCCGGCAGGUGGAAGGGAACAGAAAAGCUGCUCUCCAUCCUGCAUCGCUACAUGGACAUCCACGGGACGGUGUACUACGAGACUCAGCGUCCCCCCGAGGUUCCAGCCUUCGUGAAGAACCACGGUCUGCUGCCUCAGCAGGAGCUGCAGCAGCUGCUCAGGAAGGCAAAGCUCUUCAUCGGAUUUGGAUUCCCCUACGAAGGCCCCGCCCCUUUAGAGGCCUUAGCCAAUGGCUGCGUGUUCCUCCAGCCUAAGUUCCUCCCCCCUCACAGCUCUCUGAACCACGACUUCUUCAGAGGGAAGCCCACCUCCAGGAAGGUGUCGUCUCAGCACCCGUACGCUGAGCAGUUCAUCGGCAGGCCUCAUGUCGUCACCAUCGACUUCAACAACUCUGAGGAUUUUGACUCAACCAUCCGUGCGAUCAUGAGGACCGAUGUGGAGCCGUUCCUGCCUUACGAGUACACCAGUGAAGGGAUGCUGGAAAGACUCAACGCCUACAUUCAGAACCAGGACUUCUGCUCCCCCGAAGCUCCGUUUCCUCCUGUGAAUUACUCCAGCUCCUGGCCCGGAAGUCCUCCCUCCCCUUUCAUCCUCCAGCCCAACUCCAGCAUCCUUACCUGGGCCCCCAACGCCACCUCCUACAUGUCCUGGCCCCCCAUGAGCGCUCUGAGGCUGCUGGCUUCACUGGAGGGACAGUCCUGCAUGAAGGCGUGCCAGGUUGCAGGGCUCAUCUGUGAACCAGCCUUCUACCGCUUUAUCAACAUCAAAGAGGCCUUCAGCUCGUUGGACUUUCAGUGUGAGGGUCUGGAGUCUGAGACGAACCACCUCUUCCCGGCCUUCUCGGCCGAGCACUCUGAAUGUGGCCUGCAGCAGGACCCCUUACUCUUCAGCUGUGCCGGUUCCAACGCCAAAUACCAGCGCCUUUGCCCCUGCAGAGACUUCCUGAACGGCCAGGUGGCGCUGUGCAGAGACUGCCUAUGACCGGAGGAGGAACAGGACCAGUGCGCAUGCAGAGACUCUUUUCUGAGACCUCUAACGAUCCCCCGCUGCACCACGAGGCUCCCCUCUAACACGGAGAGUCUGUGCAGAAAAAGCUGGGACACGAUGAACUGAGCCUCUGCUCUUUACCUCUGAUCUCAGAGCGGCUGCCAAAGAAGGUAAACGGUUUUUACCUCUCAGGGAACUGCAUGAUUGUACUUUGAAUCUGGUGGGUUUGAGCUGUGCUUUAAAGGUUUACUAGCUGCAGCUUUUUGGUGGAUUUUGAGCAAUCAAAAAGGAAAGCUUUGAUAUAAAAUGUUACAAAUGCUUGAAUUUCACAAGUGUGUUUACUCGGUGUUGUGUGGAAACCUACAGUGUCAUCGUGGAGUUUGGAUAUUUGUACUAGAUGCACCCAAAGCCAUUUACACCAUGAUGAGAUGUACUAUUUUACAUGUCCUGUA